CUAACCUCAUUUUUGAUUUUAUAUUUUGAUUUUGAUUCUUGAAUAUUUUUCUUCAGUUUACUAAAUAUUUCUUUAAUUUAUUUUUCCCACUUUCCCUGUAUUUCUCAUCGCAAACAAGUCUUGAUGUUCAAUAUAAACAAUAAAUAUAUAAUGUAGCUUGUAGGUAACACCAAACCAAAGCUAAAUAUAAAAUCAAUUUAAAUUUCAAUAAUCUCUUGUUACAAAUUUAAUUUAUCUUUCCCAAGCCCCCAAAUGAUUCCAUUAAGAAUUACCACUAAUAUCCUCGCCAGUCGUCUGCAAAUAGCUACGUUCAGCCCUAUUUUAUUCAAUCAUUUACACCACAGAUUAAAAAGUACUGGUACUAGAAGUGAAAUAACUCCAUCUGCGAGUAGCAAAGAAUCUGCAAUCGACACAAAUGUAAAACCUCUAGGCGAAAGAGUGAAGGAAACUACCAAGACAACUUACAAUGCUUUAAUUAUUCUGGUUGGCCUAGGAGUGAUAGGCGGUUUGGGUUAUACGAUAUUUAGUGAAUUGUUUUCUAGUAAGAGUCCUAGUAAUAUUUACAAGAAAGCUGUAGAUAAAUGUAUUGAGAGUACACAGGUGUCUGAUAAGCUGGGGUAUCCGAUAAGCUCACACGGACAUGAAACAAGAAGAGGCAGGAGACAACAUGUUACUCAUGCUUUUUAUGUUGACAAGGAAGGAAGAAAACACAUUAGAAUGAAAUUCCAUUUAAAAGGUACUUCCCAUUCGGGCACUAGCCAUGUCGAUAUGGUAGAGAAUGAUAAAGGAAAGUAUGAAUACCGCUACUUAUUCGUUGAAGUGGAUGACAUGUUCAAAAGUGUGAUAAUUGUAGAAGACAACCGCAACAAACUUGGCCCUGAGUCAAAUCUGCACGACCUGGACAUGAAAUUUUAAAUAAAGCUCGACUUUUAUUGUAAAUUGUAUUUUUUAUUUAUGUUUGUUUUAUCCUCAUACAUCAACACUAAAUUGUUUUUGAAAAUAUAAGUUUUUAUUUGAAGUAUGAUCCAGGAUAUUAUUAUGUAAACAGCAAUGUAUUGCAUCCAUGCUAACUUUACUAUUUGCCAGAAUCUUGGUUUGAAGUAAAUUUUGUGUUCUGGGUAUUUUAGGAUAAGGUUGAAUGUGAAAGUACUGUCCUGGGUGGGAUUUGUAGUUGUUAAUACAUUGUCCAAAGUGGUUUUUACUAAAAACAUUAUAAUAAUUGAGCUACAGUUGGGUGUUAUGAAUUGCAUAAUAACUUACAUUUGCUCUCUGCAUAUCUUGCUAUAAUAUUUUCAAAUUUUGCACUUUGAAUAUUUUCCUUAUCGAUAAGUAAAUAGUCUGGGUUCAUUGCCAAGUCAUAUUUAGAACAUCUUAUUGCUUCUGAUUGUUUCAAACCCAAGUCUGCAUAGACAGAAAUUUGAGUAAGACUACUAGUAACAAAAUUUUGGUAUAUGAUGGCACUUUGUGUAUGAAAGGGUAUAGUUUAUUGGAAGAACCAAAUGGAUUGAGCUCAUCUUGAAAUGCUUUGGAAGACCAGCGGUAAUUGUAAAGUGAAGAGAAUCGGCUUUUCCAUCGUGGUUGUCGUCUAAUUCUCGAACCUAGAAUAAAUAAACUACAUUUAUUUAAGAUGUAGGUACCUAUUUGUUGCUUCCUAAAUUAAAUGCUCAUACAGUCAGAUGACGUUACCUUAAUAGUAGAACAAGUAUCAAAAUUCUUCAUAUAUUUCUUAUAAUAUGCAAACGAGCUGCAACUUAUCACUUGUGGAUUUUCGCUUGAGGUUGCCAGAAAUAAGAAAUCGCCUGUAAAUUUGACAUCGGGUUGCACGUAAACCACGUCACGUUUUUGCCAAAAACCUAAAGAAAAAUGGGUCAAUAACAGCGAAGGAAAAAAUAUAAUUAAUUCAGUGGAAUAACCACAAAGUUACUUUCACAUGUAUCAUGAGUCAUUUAAUAUUGGAUUAAUCGCAAAUUAAAGAAUGCAUUAUAUUAUGAUGUGUAUGGAGUUUUGUCAUUUUUCGGUGAUUAAGAACUGAUCUAUUCGAAAUUGCUUAAUGCUGGUUGCGAAUAAACUGAAAAUAAGGCGAAUUUUCAAAUGAAAAAGUCC